GGUCAGACAGGCUCCCAGCUGAGUCCUAAAAGGAAGUGGUGCUCCUCCCCAGUGACGCCUGAUCUACGGGUCACAGUCAGGGGGGACGGUGAUAUUUCAGGAGCUUGAUGACCGAUUGGACUGAAGAUCCUGCAUUUCCAUAAACAGCCGCUCCAUAUCCAUAUCUGAAGCCUCUAAUAUAUAUAUUCACCCAGGGCAGGAUUUCUGCCCACUGCCACUGCUGUCCUCCUCACUGACUUCCCAUCUCAUCGUAGGUUGUAAACGACAAAUAACACCAAGAUGUCUGAUAAGAAGUUGACUUCAAGCCGCAGGCAUCAUCUGAAGAGUUUGAUUCUGUCGAUUGCUGCAACCUGGCUUGAACAGGAAAAAAAAGACAUUGUUGCAGCCAAAGAGGCCUACUUGGCUGAGAAAUGUCCUCCACCAGACAUGAGCGGAGACCUGAUGGAAACCUGCAAAAAGUUGAACGCCCUCAUUGAGAAAAUUGAUGAAGAGCGGUAUGACCUGGAGGCCAAAGUGGGCAAGGCUGAUAAAGAGAUUGAGGACCUGAAGAUCAAAGUGGUGGACCUGGCUGGAGUGAAGAAGCCCGCUCUGAAGAAGGUGCGUAUGUCUGCCGACGCCAUGCUCAAAGCGCUGCUGGGCUCCAAGCACACAGUCAACAUGGACCUCAGAGCCAACCUGAAGCAGGUCAAGAAAGAGGUCAAAGAGGAGCCCGCAGAGGCAGUCGGCGACUGGCGUAAGAACAUUGAGGACAAGGCUGACAGGAAGAAGAUGUUUGAGAGUUCCUAAAGAUCCAAAUUCUUGGGCUGCUUGCACUUUUUUUUGGAUUUUCUGUCAUUUUACAGUGAACUGAAAUAUAUUUUGUUUACUUAAAUCUGUGUACUUCAGCCUGCUUUGUUUUAGGACUCUGGUUGCCAAUUAAUCAUAGUAAUAAAGAGAAGAAUGGUGACAUAAUAAACUUCACAUAGUUCCUAAUGUUUUCCUCUUUUUAAGCCACUUUUAAUUAAAAAAUGUCUAAAAGCGUAAAUGUAAUGUUUAGAGAGGAGAGAGCAACAACAGACUUGAUAUUGAAGCUCUUUUCUUGAUGCCCUUCUGUUCUUAAUCUGUUUUUUUAUUAAUACAUUGCUUUUUUACAUUCAGUAUGUUGUCCUGAGAUAUUUUGUUUUCCCACUCAGUGAUGUACAAAUCAAACGCACCUUCAGCAAAACCUAAAUCGACAACAUUGAGCUCAUUUCUGAGGCUCUGUUGAAGCAAAAACUGCCGGGCACCACCAAAUUUUAUUUUCCAAAUUUUGUUAUUUUAAUUUAAAAUUAUCAUGGAUAUGCAAAGAAAUUAUCUUUAUAUUUGACAAAAACCCCUGUAUGUAAGGAAUAGAUACAGUAAAUAGAAAGAAGAAAACAUGGCCGCUCCUUCAUUCCACCGGGGCUGAAAUAAUAUAUAGAACGUUUGGUGAAAUUGUUGCCAGUCAGCAAUUCUCAAAGUCUGGAUCCGGACCAAACAAUGAGCCCCUCUGGAACCAGACCACUGAAAUGCAUUAGGAGGAUGAUAGCUACUGUUGUAGUGUAGGGUAGGGUGAGUAGUGAGAGUGUGGGGUGAGUGAGGUGUGAGACUGCAGUAACAGCAGUAAAGGGUUCAAUUCUUCAAGUUAUGAGCUGUCUGAGUCUGUUUUCUCUCUGCUGUGUAAAAUAAAAGGUCAAACUCGAAAUACUUUGAAACUUUAGCUUCUGUAGCAGUUUUAUGCACCGAGAGGAAGAUGAUAAGGUGUUAUAUAAUAGGUAUGUACAAAGAAAAGGAAGUUAAAGAUGAUUGGCAUUAUUUUGUCUUCAACAUUUGGUUCUGCAUAGUCUGCGUUCUCUGCAAUAAAUAUAGUAAAAAGUU